AUGUCAUCAACACCGAACCUCCGAAUACCACUAAAACGAGGACCGAAAGUAAGUUAUUUUUAUAAUUAAAAAGAGAAUCAAUUAUCAGUUUUCAGCCUCAGUCUUUCAUUGAAGACUCCCCAGUCACUUCGGAUGAUCCAGCAGACUUCGAAAGCCACGUGGUUCUGCGAGUUCCGGAGGACUGCGUUCAUCGCAUCGAGAGCAUCAUUGCAAGCGACGGAAAAGUUGAAGAUUUUUCACUCUGCCUGAAUUCCGACGCACGGAACGCGACAAUCAGAAUAGGAAAUCAAUUGCUCAACGGAAAAGUGCUCGAUUUACCGACAGUCACAGAAGUUCACAAGACGAUGGACAAGAGAAAUUUGUACAAAGUUGCUGAUGUCUCCCAGAUGAUCGUCUGCACCCACGACAGCAUAAACACUCCCUCGUCGACAGCUUCUGCUGGUGCUUCUGCAGAGGGCGAAGGAACGGAAGCAGCUGCCAAAGCGGCGAAGAAGGUGGUCAAGCAGUGGCAGUAUCCUCAUGGACUGACGCCUCCAAUGAAGUGCGCGCGCAAAAAGAGGUUCCGUAAAACGAAGAAGAAGAAGUUUAUGGACGCUCCGGAAGUCGAGAAAGAAUUGAAGAGACUGUUGAGGGAGGACCUGGCAGCAGAUAUUGUGAAGUGGGAAAUCGUGGACGGCGACAAGGAUGGAGGUGCCGAUGAAGGCGGAAGCAGGAGCCAGAGACACGUCACUUAUCCGUCGAGCAGCGAAGAUGAUUCAGAUGUUGGCGACGAGGAGAAAGAAGAAUAA